CCAUGAGCGACAACAAAGGCCCCGUAACCGCAUACCCCGCGACAUCUAUCACGGCGCAAAACCAAGAAGGCGGACCAGGACUGGAUGCACGAACCGAGCAAAAGGCCGAAUGGUCGCGUCUGGAAUUCUGGGAUGAGAACCAGAAACCGUACCUCAAGGAGUAUGAAGGCCGUGGCCUGCUGCAAGGCAAGGCGGCACUAAUCACGGGAGGAGACUCUGGUAUCGGACGAGCAGUCGCCAUUCUCUUUGCCAGGGAAGGUGCAGAUAUCAGUAUUGUGUAUCUCCCCGAGGAAGAAGAAGAUGCGCAGUAUGUUAAGAAGAAGGUGGAAGAGGCGGGCCGCAAAGCCAAUCUCAUGCAGUUGAAUCUGAGGGAGAGGAAGAACUGCGAGGAGGCUGUUGAACAGCACAUGAAGGUCUUUGGGAGGUUGAAUGUGCUUGUUAAUAAUGCCGCCAUGCAAGAAAUGGCCACCGACAUUACCGAAAUUGAUCUAGACGUGACGGAAAAGACAUUCCAAACCAACGUCAUUUCCAUGUUCGCAAUGACCAAAUACGCCCUCAAGCACAUGAAGCGCGGCGAUAGCAUCGUAAACAGCACUUCGGUCGCGGCAUACAUGUCGAACCCCACGCUGCUCGACUACGCCUCGACAAAAGGUGCAAUCGCUACGUUUACGCGCGGCCUCGCGCAGCAGCAGGCGCCUAAUGGCAUUCGUGUUAAUGCUGUUGCUCCGGGAAUCAUCUGGACCCCAUUGCAGCCUGCAACCAAGAACAACCCCGCAGAUGCCAUGGAGGCUCUUGGUGUCGGUGCCUGCCCGCUUAACAGACCGGGUAUGCCGGUUGAAAUGGCAACAUGCUAUGUGCAUCUUGCGUCGCCGCUGGGAUCUUACUGUACCGGCGAGGUGCUUCAUGGCUCUGGCGGUAUCGAGAUGCAGGGAUAGAACGAGGGGGCUGUAGGAGGGAGAACUGUGGUGCCACUAUUUACUUCCGGUUUUUCAUCAUGUGAUUUGUAAGACGGGCGCGUAUAUCUUAAUCAAUGAGUAAUUUCAUA